AUGAAGCCUUUCCGGCCUCUUACCCUCGCUCGCCCUCGCUCAGAGACUGGCGAGCCAUUGAAGAAGAAACCUAGAGUCUCGUCCAACGCGCUUUCCGCCGGCAGUCGCCAGCCGCUCAACACGCUGAACGCCCCCGCACCAGCCCAAUUCCUACCCCCGGGUCUCGAAGGAAACUAUUAUACGGUCCUAUGGCGAAAAUACACGACUAAGAAGAAUAAGACAUGGGAUGGUGAUGGCGUACUUGCCGUCACAGGCGGCUAUGCGACGCUUACGGAUAGCGAGACGGGAAAAGAAUUGGGGAAAGGAGCAUGUACUCGACCGCUGCUUCCAGGCUCGGCACUAUCGAUCGGCGGAAAGGAGCUAGAAGUGGAGGCGUCCAUUGACAAGGCUGAUUACCUCGCUGGGCGCAUGUUCCUGGGGACGGCUGCAGCUGCGCCUGUAGAUCAGUCGAAGCGCGAGGAACCAGGAUACAAGCCUCUUUCGUCGGCCAAGUCGAAAGCAAACAAGAGAAAAGAUACUGGUGACGAUGGUGUGGAUGUGCCAGACUACAAGCCCUCAGCUCAGCGCAAGCAGCAGUUCAAGGCGCCUCUAUUGUCGAAUACCGUCAUGCCUCAACGAAACCCAUCGAUCCCUCAGCCACGCCACGAUCCGAACGCACCGAACGCCCUGGUCAUGAAACGGCCGACGUCAUGCCCGAAAGAAAAGCAGAUAGUCGACGUUGUCGUUGAUCCGGUUCUCAGCAAGCAUCUGCGCGAACAUCAACGUGAGGGCGUGCAGUUUCUAUACGAAUGUGUCAUGGGCAUGCGAUGCGAGGGCGAAGGCGCGAUCAUGGCGGACGAGAUGGGUCUGGGAAAAACACUGCAGACCAUCACACUGCUCUGGACAUUGAUGAAGCAAAACCCCAUACACAAUGCCUCGCCGGUCAUCAAGAAAGCCCUCAUCGUAUGCCCCGCCGGCCUGGUCGAUAACUGGAAGCGUGAGUUUCGGAAGUGGCUGGGCAACGAGCGGAUUGGCGUGUAUGUGCUGGACGCAAAGAACAAGAAGAUUGCCAACUUCACAAAGGGCAAAGCCUACAACAUCAUGAUCGUCGGAUACGAGAUGCUGCGUGUUAUGCAAGAGGAAAUGAAGCAAGGGACUGUCGAUAUCGUCAUUGCAGAUGAGGGCCACAGGCUGAAGACUGCUAACAACAAGGCCAUGCAGGCGAUCCAGUCUCUCAACACCGAGCGGCGGAUCAUCUUAUCGGGCACGCCACUGCAGAACGAUCUGGGCGAGUUCUUCACUGCCAUUGACUUCGUCAACCCUGGCCUACUGGGGCAACGAUCAGCCUUCAAGCGUUCUUUCGAAGUGCCCAUCGUGCGCAGCCGUCAGCCAGAUGCAAGUGAAGCAGAGCUCGAAAAGGGCGAGGCACGAUGGAAGGAGCUCGUAUCCCUUACCAGUCAAUUCAUGAUUCGCCGUACAGCAGAAGUGCUUGCAAAGUACCUCCCACCGAAGACUGAGCACAUUGUCUUCUGCAGGCCGACCAAAGGACAAGCAGAGGCUUAUCGCGCCAUACUGGGCUCACCAACGUUCAGAAUAGCGUUGGGAAGUACAGAUAUUGCGCUACAGCUCAUCAACGUGCUGAAGAAGGUCUGCAACAGCCCUUCGCUACUCAAAUCAUCGAAAGAUAAUGACGAUACGCCAUCGGAGAUGCUGCAAUCGCUUCUCCCACUGAUACCGCCCAAGAUUCUCAGCUCAAGUGCUUCGAGUGCGAAGCUGCGACUGCUCGAUAGCCUUGUUCAUCGGAUCUAUACCACCACUGAGGAGAAGAUCGUCAUUGUUUCGAAUUACACUACCACACUGGACAUGAUCGAGCGACUUUUGGUGUCGUUGUCAUACACCUACCUCCGUCUCGAUGGCAGCACGCCAGCCAACAAACGCCAAGCACUUGUGGAGAAAUUCAACAAGACCCCGAAGACCACUUCUUUCGCCUUCCUACUAUCUGCGAAAUCCGGAGGAGUCGGCCUCAAUCUGAUCGGUGCAUCGCGCAUCGUGCUUUUUGAUAUCGACUGGAACCCCGCUACCGACUUGCAAGCUAUGGCACGUAUCCACCGCGACGGCCAGAAACUGCCAUGCAAAGUAUACAGAUUCCUCAUCCAAGGUGGACUAGAUGAGAAAAUCUACCAGCGUCAAGUCAUGAAAAUGGGUCUCGCAAACGCCGUCGUAGACAACAAAGCCUCCGCCUCCUCCUUCUCACAAGAAGAACUCCGCGACCUCUUCCGUCUCGACGAGCGUGAAGGUUGCCAGACCCACGACAUCCUCGGCUGCACGUGUGACUGCAAGGGCUCACCAGAAGUCAAACUCGAAGCUGAGGAAGAAGAAGCAGAAACGCCCGAAGACGACAUCGAAGAUUCGGACGAAGACCCCUAUCCCACCCUCACGAAAGCAAGCGAAGUCAACAUCGAAGAGCAAGAAGCGAAUAUCAAGGCUAGACGCGCGGCGAAACAACCCAAGUUGAGGAUGUUGAUGGAGUAUCGGCAUAUCGAUACUAAGAUUCUCAAGGGAAUGAAGAAGAGCGACGGAGAGGAGGAUGCAGGAGAUGGGGUUGUGGAUAAUAUGGCGGCGGCAAUUGAUGAUGAUGUGUUUCUUGAUGUGCUGAAGGAACAGGAGUGUAAUGUCGGGUUCUUGCUGACGAAGUCGACGUCUUGA